ACUAAAUUUCUCUAUACUCGGAAGUUGUCAUCGCCGGAUCUCCAUCGCAGGGAUCCACAGUCACAACAGAUGAGUUGCGAGAGGGAGAAUGAUCCGUAGAAUGGAAGAGAAGCUGUAGACACAGGCUUGUCUCCGCGACAGCGCAACCAGUGCUCUUAUCGGCUCUUCCCUGUGUUGUGGUCGACUGCAGGCAAAUUUUGAGUCUCAGGGAAAUGUGAAAGCCAACAGAAUUAGAAGGAGCUAGACUUAAGAUUUGUGACUUGUUGGUAUUACUGCUUUCUGUUGAUGGAAUUCCCCCAAUCACCUUCGAAAGUUAAGAAAUUUACCAAAAACAGAUGGAUGUUAAUGAUUGGUACUGUUAUUUUUCUCGUGAUGCUGCUGUUACUGGGUUUUUAUCUCGAAUUGGAUCACAGAAAAGCUAAUACUGUAUUCAAGGGGUCAUAUUAUGCUGUGGUUGUUGACUGUGGGAGCACGGGAACGCGGGUAAAUGUACAUGAAUGGACUGUGGACAGUGCGAGUACUUCAAACUUGCCUAUUUUGCUGCAUUCUUAUCCUGAUAAUACAACCCGGAGUUCACUCUGGAAUAGUUCCUGUCAGUAUCACUGCAUGCAAACCGAGCCGGGGUUAGACAAGUUUGUUAAUGAUUCAUCAGGUGUAAAAGAAUCUUUGGAACCAUUGAUUAUAUGGGCAGAGAAGGUGGUGCCACGUGAAAGGCAUAAAGACACCCCCAUUUUUGUUCUAGCAACAGCUGGGCUAAGGAGGUUGGCAAGUAGCGAUGCUGAGCAAGUUUUGGAAGAUGUGGAGGCUGUUGUGAAGGAUCACUCUUUUAUGUAUAAGAAUAGUUGGAUUAGAGUUUUGAGUGGAAUUGAAGAAGCAUAUUACGGUUGGGUUGCUUUGAACUACAAAAUGGGGAGCUUUGCUGGUUAUCCUAGGUCUCCCACCUUGGGCCUUCUUGAUUUGGGUGGCUCUUCCUUGCAGAUUGUGAUGGAGGUAGGUGACACAGAUGAUGGCAUACACACAAUGAGAUCAAAGCUCAAUUCAAUUGAACAUCAGAUUAUUGCAUACUCUUUGCCAGCAUUUGGCUUAAAUGAAGCAUUCGACAGGACUGUCUAUAUGCUCACAAAUAAUCAAAGUAGAGAGAAAACUGGGGUUAGCUUUGAAAUCAGACAUCCUUGUCUCAGAUCUAAUUUUUUGCAAAACUACACCUGCUAUUCUUGCUCCGGUUACCAGAAAAAUCAUAGUAAGCUUCCAAAAGAUGAACUUUCUUAUUUGCAUCUUGUUGGAGAACCGGAUUGGGGGCGGUGCAAAGAUCUUGCAAUUGCAGCUGCUUUAAACUUGAGUGAUUUGAGUGCACCGCAUCCAACAGUUGGCUCUGGUAUAUAUAAUUUAACAGCCGUUGCUCACCCAACAAGGCACUUCCAUGCUUUAUCUGGUUUCUUUCUUGUGCACAGCAAAUUAAAUUUGAGCCCAAGAGCCAACAUAACAAAGGUUUGGGGAUCAAGCAAGCGCUUGUGCUCUGCCUUGUGGGCUGGAUUGAGCAGUAUCUCUGACGAUCCAAAUUAUGCUGGACAAUUUUGUUUCCGGGCAGCUUAUAUGGCAUCAUUAAUUGAGUAUACUCUUCAUCUUGAUGAUGUAGAGAUGGUAUUUGGACCAGGUGAUGUUUCCUGGACGUUAGGUGCUGCAUUAGUUGAAGGGAAAUUCGUUUGGUUAAAUACUGCAGCCAGCAAAGUGCAGACCAUCAUUUCAACUUUAAAAAAUUUUGAGGUCUUGUCUUCGCCGACUUUUCUCUUUUCUAUAUUUCUACUCCUUUUGCUAAUUGUUUAUUGUAGUCAAAUUAAACUUCCUGUGCCAAGCAGAAGGGCUUCUGCUCCUGGCAUUUCUUUGCCAUCUUAUACUCAAGCGAGACAAUGGUCAAAAUUCUAGUUAGCUUUUGCAUAAAGUUUUGUUCAGUGUGUUUAGUUAGUAUUCUUUAUUUCUUGUAUCUCUUCUGCACAUAGAUUCCCUUUGGAAGAAUACUACUUUCAUAAAUUAAUGUUGAUUAUAGCAAAAGUUUUGGUGCCAAUUGCGCA